AUGCAAAAGGACACUGUGAGUGUUGGUGCACAAGAAACCAUGAAAGCUAUAAUUAAUGAUUUAGAUGGGGAUUAUUUUGAGAUAUUAGUUUAUGAGUCCAAGGAUAUUUCACACCAUGAACAAAUGGACCUUGUUUUGCGGUUUGUUGACAAAAAAUGCCAAAUGAACAAGCCAUUUAUUGGUCUUGUUCGUGUUGGUGAUACCUCUGCAAAGUCUUUGAAGGAAGAAAUACUUUCUUUGCUUAUGAAACACACAUUAAGUCCAUCCAAAAUACGUGGACAAGGCUAUGAUGGAGCUAGUAAUAUGCAAGGAAAAAUGAAUGAUUUGAAAGCUUUAAUUUUGCAAGAAACUCCUUCGGCACAUUGCAUUCAUUGUUUUGCUCAUCAAUUACAGUUGAGGCUUGUAGCGGAGCUUAACAGUCGUUUUGAUGUUGUUAGUAGUAACUUGCUUCUUGGUACGGCUAGCUUGAAUCCGGCUAAUUCAUUUGCUAAUCUUGAUAAGGAAAGAAUAAUGACAUUGGCCAAGGAUUAUCCAGAUGAGUUUGGUGAAUUGAAGCUUCGAGAUCUUAGCACCAACUUGACACUUUCAUAUUGCACAUGA